AUGAUAAUGAAAUCUGGGAAAGUCUUACUGCUUCUUCUUUGUUUGAAUGUCUUGUGUUAUGCAGUGAUUGGUGCACCUCAGACUUGCCCUGCCACGAAUGUUGGUAAAAGUGGCGAUUCAGAUGAGUGGGAAGGGGAGUUUUUUCCUGGCAUUUCCAAAAUUAAAUAUGAGGGGCCAUCCAGUAAGAAUCCACUUUCAUUUAAAUGGUACAAUGCAGAGGAGGAAAUUAUUGGGAAGAAGAUGAAGGAUUGGUUCAGAUUUAGUGUUGCAUUUUGGCAUACAUUCCGUGGAACAGGUGGUGAUCCAUUCGGUGCACCUACCAAACAUUGGCCAUGGGAAGAUGGUACCAAUUCAUUAAGCAUGGCUAAAAGAAGAAUGAGAGCAAAUUUCGAGUUCAUAAACAAACUUGGUGUCGACUUUUGGUGCUUCCACGAUAGGGAUAUAGCUCCUGAUGGGAAGACUCUUGAGGAAUCAAAUGCAAACUUGGAUGAAGUGGUGGCCCUUGCUCAAGAGCUUCAGAGUCAGAAUAAGAAGAGCGUUUUGUGGGGAACAGCUCAGUUGUUCAUGCAUCCUCGUUAUAUGCAUGGUGCCGCUACUAGCUCUGAGCUAGAGGUGUAUGCAUAUGCUGCCGCUCAAGUAAAGAAAGCCAUGGAGGUGACACAUUAUUUGGGGGGAGAAAAUUACGUGUUUUGGGGCGGUCGCGAGGGUUACCAAUCUCUUUUGAACACAGAUAUGGAAAGAGAGCUUAAUCAUUUGGCUAGAUUUUUUGAAGCUGCUGUUGCACACAAAAAGAAGAUCGGAUUCAAUGGGACACUUUUAAUCGAACCAAAGCCACAAGAACCUACAAAACACCAAUAUGAUUGGGAUGCUGCAACUACAGCUAAUUUCUUGCGAAAAUAUGGACUUGAAGGGGAAUUCAAACUGAACAUUGAGUGCAACCAUGCCACCCUAUCGGGUCACAGUUGUCAUCACGAGCUUGAAACUGCAAGGAUUAAUGGACUGUUGGGUAAUAUUGAUGCAAAUACCGGCGAUCCUCAAGUUGGUUGGGACACAGAUCAGUUUCUCGUAGAUAUCCAAGAGGCAACAAUGAUUAUGCUCAGCGUUAUCAGAAACGAUGGAAUUGCACCUGGUGGAUUCAACUUUGAUGCCAAAUUGCGGAGAGAGAGCACAGACGUUGAAGACCUGUUCAUAGCCCAUAUUGUUGGAAUGGAUACAAUGGCUCGAGGACUCAGGACUGCUGCCAAGCUAAUUGAGGAUGGUUCUCUUGCCGAACUUGUCCGCAAGCGAUAUCAGAGUUUUGACACAGAAAUCGGAGCUCAAAUAGAGGCUGGAAAAGCCGACUUUGAUUUGCUCGAGAAGAAGGCUAAGGAAUGGGGAGAACCAAAGGUCGCUUCUGCCAAACAGGAGCUAGCUGAAAUGAUAUUCCAGUCUGCUAUAUAAAAAGAAGCAUCUAGCUCUGUGUGGCAGUUAUUUUCUUGUCAUUUUUGUUAUUAGGAACAGUUUACAAUUGUAGUUUUAGUUUUAGUAUAAUAAACGAAAUCAAGAUUUACUUGUAUGUAAGUUAAUUUUUAUUGGGAUAAAUUAUGUGUGGAGCUGGAGGCAAUAUCUGCCGGGUGCACUCGAAGCCAGGUGAAGUGGAUGUUAACUCUUAUUAAUAAUAAUAAGGUGCAUACCAUGGUCAUCAGAGAGAGUUUAGCAUGCAGAGUUUGAUAAUUAUUUUUACUUUCAUUUUUUUAAUUUUAUUUUCCUUUAUUAUUAUCGUCAUCGGAA